UGUUGGGGUUCGCGUGCGUCGCUCCCCGCUCGCUGCGUACCCAUUACCCACGCUAAUUGACUGGAUAUUAGCGCACCUGUGUGGAUGUUUAUCACCUGACCACCCCCGUUCGCGUGUCUGAGGAGGUGUUGAGGCCGCUCGUUACUGUCCCUGGCGGUCAAUAGUGUCUUGUGCGCUGCGAGAAGUUGUCCCCGUGGUUUUGAGUUUGGGGGUUCACUGCCGCCCCUCACGAUCUGGAUUAUCUCCUGGAGGAAAAGAGAUUAAGGAAUAUAGAGGAAAUACGCACAUAUAAAGGUGGAUUGGUGAAUGUUCCGCGCCAUGGUAGCUGUGGUGUUGUGAGUGACUUGAGAGUGAGGAGUCACGGUGCCCGGAGUUUGCCUCACGACUUUGCGUUGUAGUGAUAUUUUUUUUCUAGUUUUUCAUCUUUUUCAACUGGAAUUCUGACACAAACGGAGGCACAGCACUUCAUCAUCCGCCUCCGCUUCCUGUGCUGCAACUGCUGCUGCUGGUCUCUCACUCACCCGUAUUGUGUGAUUUUUUUAUACUCUCUUUUUUAAUGUUGCUUCCUGUCAAGUGAAAACUGAGUCAUAAUACUUUAGCGUUCUGGCCUCACGCAAAUACUGGCCAGUGUUUUGCUACCGGCACCACAUACAAGGAGAAUAUUUACUAGCGGUGUGGAAAAAAGUCAACUUUAAUCACAAGGAAUAUGAGGGAAAAGUAGCCCCGCAGUGCCCGGCGUGGCGCUGGAGAGGAUCCGCUGCGACUUUGAUCCUCAGCUUCACUCCCGGAAAGUUCUAAUUAUGAAGUUCUCGCCGCCUCGGGGGAUGAAGGAGACUCGCCACUGAAACAAGAGGAUUCAUUGCGUCUCUUUCCUGCUGCAGAAAAAAAAAGUGCUGCAUCUCUUUCCUUCCUGGAUUUGCUCGUCCAUGGUCCACGUCUCCUCUUCCUCUUCCUCCUCCAGCCCACACUGCCGCCUCCAUCUCCUCCUCCACAAGUGUGCCGCUGGUCUCUGCCCACAAAGACCCCCAGCAGCGCCGCGGUGUCCUCGGCCCCGCAGCAGCCUAGAAGAGUGGCGAGGCAGCGGGAUGUUGUAACUCGGACCUAAUCACUGAGGAGGAACGAAACACCGGCAUGAGAGUCUUGAGCGAGGAGUGAGGCGCGUUUAUGGGGCUCGCGAUGACGUGGAGUAGCGGGGGCCGGGCCUGCCUGGUGACGGUGGCGGUGGUGGCUGCCCUGGUGUUGUCCUCCACGGGUGUCCUGGCCGCCCGCAUCUCCAGACACCUCAGCCCGCGGGUGGUGACCACGAAGUACGGCAGCCUGCGGGGACAGAUCGUCAACCUGGGCACGCGGGGCCUGGGCGACGCUGAAGUGUUCCUCAGCGUGCCCUACGCCUCGCCGCCCAUUGGCAACCUGCGCUUCAUGCCGCCCAACUCCCCAUCGCCGUGGCGGGACGUGAAGGUGGUGGAUCACUUGGGCCCCGUGUGUCCACAGCGGCUGCCGGACAUCAGGAACCACACGGAGGCGCUCACCAAGAUGAGUCAGGGGCGUUAUCAGUACCUGCGGCGCCUGCUGCCCUACCUAAAGAACCAGAGCGAGGACUGCCUCUACUUGAAUAUCUACACCCCAUAUGAAGCGAGCAAGCGGGACCACCAGCUGUAUCCGGUCAUGGUGUACAUCCACGGCGAGUCCUAUGAAUGGAACAGCGGCAACCCUUAUGACGGCUCUGUGCUGGCGGCGUACGGCAGGGUGGUGGUGGUGACUGUUAACUUCAGACUAGGGGUGCUGGGUUUCCUCAACACAAACGAGAACCCGUACCUUCGCUCCAUCACCAACUACGGACUCAUGGAUCAGAUCGCGGCGCUACAUUGGCUGAAGGGAAACAUUGCAGUCUUUGGCGGCGAUCCUGACCGAGUGACAGUCUUCGGUCAUGGUACUGGAGCCGCUUGUAUCAACUUCCUCAUGACUUCCAAGGCUGUACCGCAGAGCCCAGGUCUCUUCCACCGGGCUAUCCUGAUGAGUGGCUCCUCCCUGGCGCCCUGGUCCCUCGUGAGCAACCCCAGCAAGUACACGCGGCAGCUGGCUCGGGAGGUCAACUGUUCACACACUCCUCUUGGUGAUGAGCUCAAGAAGUGUCUCCGCACCAAGUCCCUUCACGUGAUUAUGCAAGCCCAGGUGGAGGUGCCAGAAUAUUACUACGCGUUCGGGCCGACAGUGGAUGGCGUGGUUAUUGACACUGACUUCGACACGGACCAAUCUUCUUACGUCAACCGCCUGGGGAGCUACGACCUUGUGUUCGGAGUGACGCCCUCUGACGCCUUCUUCACCUUCAACGACGAUGAUGUCAGGACCGGCUUUGAGAUGGAUAAGCAGAACAAGAUCUUGAGAACCUUCAUCAGGAACACCUACAACUACCACCUGACGGAGAUCAUGGCGACGGUCAUCAACGAGUACACGGAGUGGGAGCGGCCUGUGCGUCACCCCAUCACCACGCGGGAGGAGACCCUGGCGCUGCUGUCCGAUGCUCUUUACGGGGCCCCGGUCAUGCACACAGGAAACCUCCACUCCCAUGCCUCGCCCAAGACCUUUCUGUACGUGUUCGACUACCAGACCAAGAAUGGGGACUUUGAGCAGCAGCGCCUCGGAUGUGUGCACGGGGAGGAGCUGCCUUAUGUGUGGGGGGCGCCCUUGGUCGAGUCCCUGGCGCACUUCCCGACCAACUACACUCAGGCAGAAGUCAAGUUGUCAGAGACCGUCUUGAAUUACUGGGUCACCUUCGCCAGAACGGGGAGCCCCAGCGAACCCGAGAUGCCAGCCACAGACAGGAACUUGGACAAGAACCGUGCAAGGACUCUGGAAUGGCCUGAAUACAGCAUUCAGCGGCAGAGGUACAUUGAAUUGGACCUCAAGCCACGCAUCAGGACGCACUACCGUUCGCACCAGCUCAGCUUCUGGCUUCACCUGGUGCCACAGCUCCACCAUGCGGGGAAAGACGCUCCAGAGACUCACCACCACCUCGAGAAUCACAACGAUUGGAACUCCUACAGGGGCUUUGUCAGAUCAGAGCCCGUCACUAGGGUGAUCCUCCCGCCAGAGACCACAACGGAGGCCACAACCACGCGGCAGUAUAACGUGUCGGCGGUGCUGCAGUCCACCCCGGCUAGUCCUGACGGCAGCAAUGGCACGGGGCUGCGCACGCACGCCUCGCUUAGUGACGGGUUCGCCGCCUACUCCACCGCCCUCUCCGUCACCAUCGCCAUCGGGUGCUCGCUGCUCAUCUUGAACGUGCUCAUCUUCGCCGGCGUGUACUACCAGCGGGACAAGUCUCGCAUGGAGGCCAAGAAGGUGGCGGAGAACGGCGGCCUCCUAGCGCCAGCCAACAGCAUCAGCGGGGACGUGCACACGCCCCCCACACCAAGUCUGGCCGUCAAGGCGGAGGUGGUCACACGCCUGGGGUCAGGAGGUGUGAAGGCCCCCCCCUCCACUCCCAUGACGCAGACCGCCCAUCUCCCCCCGCCUGAAUUUGCCGACUAUCCCAGCCAGACCCCGCACUACGGUACGGCUCACGGCGUCUCCCACCUGCACACUCUUCCCCGCGGCGGCCUGGCCAAGGUGAUCACCAGCGACGGCCAAAAGCAGCCGGGCAGCGCCAGCCUCACACUAUCGGUGCCGCGCGCCCCGCCGCCCCCUCAGGUACCAACCCACAGCUCAGAGUCCCAGCCCCUCCUGAAGCAAACGUCCUUCACUCUCACCUCCCCACACACCUCCACGCCCUCCAAGAGCCCUACUAAAGAAUCCAACGUCGGAGAACUUCGAGUAUAGCGGUAUUAGUAGACUGUUCUAGCCUAGCCCGCCCCGCCCCGCCCCUCCCACAGCUGCAACACCCCAGCUGCGUCCACGGUUCAGCUCAUGAACAUUACUGCAUCACUUACUUUUUGGCUAUUUAGGUUACACUAGAACUCUCUCCCGUUCCCUCACUCUAUUUGUUGCUUGUCAGAUAUGGUCAAGAUACUCCUUGUGUUUCUAUGACGUUCCAGUGAUAUUUCUUUGGUUCUUACGAGACUCCAAUCUCUACGAUGACGAAUUAUUGGCAUCAGACGCCCUCCCUGGGUGUUCCGAGGCCUCAGUGUGUCGCUCGACUGCUCAAAUUCCUGGAGAGAAUAAUUAGUGCUCCGCCCGUAAGAGGACCCGCCAGCCAUCUCUAAACCCAUCACUGUGUUUCUGUCUCAGUGCGCCAAGGCCACGAUGGGCCCAGGACCUCUCACAUACGCGUCCAUCACUGAACACACUGAGCUCGGAUGAAGAAAACUAACGUGACACUCGUAGUGGUGAGUAUGGUGCAGGUAGUGGCGUCGUCUCCAGAUAGUGUUGGCGUGGCAUGACAGGUGAUGGGUAGUGAUGAGUGUUUCCAGGAUGUCAGGUGACGGCUGGAGGUACGAACUAAGUGCUUGUGUCCCCUGUGCCACGGAACAAAGGCACCACAGCUUCUCUCAAUAGAUUACCAUGUGUGCGUGUGUAGAGCGCAGUUUCACGACACGAGGAGAUGUACCAAAAAGAGUUGCGGUGCAUAUAUUUCCUGCCAUGAUGAAUUAUAGAUGAACUAUAGACUGUGUGUGUGUAUGAGUGCGUGUGUGUGCGCGUCUGUGAAUGAUACGGUGAUGGUCUCCAAGCAGUGACAAACCAAACCCUGCGCCUCGCCCUUCCUUGACAGGCACGGAUCUCACAGCAAUGCCAGGACAUCACACUUCGUUCUGGAAAGUAUCAAACACUGCAACAGAGGACAGGCAAAGGAUGCAGUAAGAGAGAGAGAGAGGGGGGGAGGGAAGGGGGAGUCCAUUAAUACUAAGAAUUAAACUCCAAGAUAAAUAAGAAAUUUGAGCCGCAUUUUUAGAAAUAUCGUCUGAGAGGAUGAGUGACAGGUGAAUGAGGAGGCGGCGGUGAUGAGGUAAUGAGGUGAGCAACAGGAGGCGAUGAAGCGAGGAGGCCAAGCUCACGUCACCUCGGACUCAAGAUGUAGCGUCCGCCAAGCGAGUGACAAUCUGGGUGCUGUUAUACAUACAUAGUAACACUGUCAGGAUGAGGGAUUCAACGUAGCCAAGACUCACCACCCGCAGGUCAGGACGCGGGAGUAGGACUGGCCUCUGAGGUUUCCCAUGAGUUUUCCAUCAAUAUUAACUGUCUACCUUGGUGUUGGCGAGGUGCGCGAGGGAACACCUGGCCUGUUGCUGCUGCUGCUUCACUCCUCAGCUGGUGCAACAAAAAGAUACAAUGUUUGACUGUUUGUUUGUAAUCACUAUCAUUGUUUGUUAAGUGUUCAGAUUGAUCCUUCUUUUGUACAACCCGUUUUGAUAUUCCCAGUCACUGUCAGGGCCGACCAGUCUUGUAGAGGUACUCGUAGGCGUAGUGGCGGCGAGUGCGCACGUCACACUCACGGUUAGCAGAGUGGCUGGCUUGAACAAUACAGGCCAUUCGUUAACCCGUGCUCAUGACUGACUCGUAGUGAGGUGAGGCGCGGUGAACACAGGGCGCGUGAGUCUUAAUUAAAGAGCCUCACUACUACUACUACUAAUACAUUCCCCCAACAAAGCUUCAUAUAUUUUAACAAAUACAUGCACUUGUCUGACCGUAGGUGGGUAGGAAGCGUGCGUGCGAGCGAGCGAGCGUGCGUGGUAAAGAGGCAUAGACAGCACUGUAUUCCACCCAACACACCAGCACCCUGUCCGCACUCCCGGAGCAGCAGGAUAAUGAAACUGGUCUAUAGUGGUCCUUGAGGUGUGCUGUUUGAAGCUGCCGUCACGUGGUGGUGCGCGCGCAACUCUCGUGUAUAUAGAACUCUGUCUGCAAGGGGAAGUGAGUGACAGGCGGCAGCAGGAGGGCCUCUAUCGCUCUCCGUCUCUGCCUGCCGCUGCCUCGAGUGUCAUUCAUGGGGUAACAAUUUUUUCUUGUAUUUAUUGUUGUUUUUAUUCUUAUUUAUUUUUUUCAGAGGGAAGAAAUGGAAGCGAAUACCAGAGGCCGUGUGUGUGUGUGUGUGUGUGUGUGUGUGUGUGUGUGUGUGUGUGUGUGUGUGUGUGUGUGUGUGUGUGUGUGUGUGUGUGUGUGUGUGUGUGUGUUAUGAAUUAUUUUCUUUGAUCUUUGCUUUUCUUUUCUUUGUUUUUCAAUUGUGUACAGUGAAUUACGAAAGACAGGAUCUGAAGAGGUUGCCCCACACACACACACACACACACACACACAC